UUUACGUGCAACUGUCAGACCAGCUUUAAUGAAUGGUGAAUACACUAUUCCUAAAAAGUUUGUUUUAGAGCAAAAUACUGUAUAAAGUCACGUAUAUUUGAUCUGAAUAAUAACAAUAAAACAACUUUUGGAAUGAAUGCAGCGAUUGAGAGCAGUAUGAAACCGCCGAACAAAAAACCAGAAACAUACUGUCGCCUGUGUUUUACAUUGAAGAACAUAAAACCACUAUCUCUGGAAGAAAAUUCAUUAUCACAACAUGUUAGCUGGCUUGUGUGGAAACAUCUUAGUAUACAGCUGAGACCAAACGAUUUUCCCUGCGGUCUGUGUUCAAUCUGCCUAGAAAAACUUGAGGAAUUGCAAAUAUGUAACAACGAUGGACUUUUAGAUGAAUGGGAGGACGAAGACCUAAUGGAAUUCAAAAGAACCUGUCGUCGGGCUGAUAAAGAAAUCCGUAAUCAAAGACGUAAGAUUAAUAAACGUGCGAUUUCUGAACAGAGUAAAAAAGUAGAUUCGUCGAAGGCUAAGCGAGUUGUCUUGCCAUUCCAUCAGCUAGAUAAUGGUCAAUACCAAUGCAAUUUAUGUCCACAACAGUUGUUUGAUCAUAUAUCGGAUUGCAUCAAGCAUUAUCAUGAGAUACACCCUGAUUCCACGUUAAGCAAGGCAUCAUCUGGAAACGACAAUUCGGCAAUUAAGGGAAAGCAACUUCCCAAGCACCCAUUUGUAUGUGUAACUUGUUCGGCUGGUUUCGAUCAGAUUGACGAUCUGAUAAAGCAUAGGGAAUUGCAUAAAGGAACUAAACGAGCGGCAGACCAAACGGAGCAAUCGCCUGAUGCAAGUUUGGUCAGUACUGUUGAUUUGGAAAACCCAGUAAUGAACGGGGCAAACAAUCAGACAUUCAAAUGUUCUGCUUGUGCAUUUUCAUUCUAUGAUAUUGAUGCUCUAAUCGAGCACAGACAUACAGCGCAUGCUGUUGCAAAGAAGAAAUCGAAAUCCGCAGAAGAUGUUAUAGUGAAUGAAAAUAAUUCUGUGGUUGAUGAUUAUAAAUGUCCUUAUUGUGAACAGCAGUUUACACAAUCCAAAGCUUACUACUUUCAUAUGAAUGUGGUGCACGAUAAGAACAUCUGCGACUGCUGCGGGGAGUCAUUUCAAUCUGCUUCCACCCUGGUCAAGCAUCAGGCUCAACAUCGGUCCGUAGAAUUCCCAUGUGAUCUUUGUCCGUAUUCUAGAUUUUCCACCAGGAUGGCUCUUGAGAGUCACAUAAAUCGUAAGCAUAGAGGAAAUACUUUCGAAAAUGUGGAAACGGACACCUUUGCGUUUGCAGGAACUAGUGACAGCAAUAAUGUUGGUCUUUAUUCCGAAUUGUUGGUAACUUGCAGUGGAUGCUUUCUAGCCUUUCGAUCCGAUGAAGAGUUGAGUGCUCAUUAUGCCGAUUGUCCAGCUCAAUUAUUUUUGGAGGAUACAUCGAAUGUCAUGAUGGACGAUGAGUCUAAAGUUGUUGAAAUAAGUGACGAUGAAUAAUGAAGUAAAAAAAAACUUUCGUCUUAAAUAUUGCCUUUGAUGUCAUGUCCUUCCCAAAAUGUAUAGUUCUAAA